GGAAACAGCUUCUGCAUAACCACCACACAGUCACGAUCAAUUGCUCGACCACAUCUUCUCUCUUUACCCCCUCGUUGCAUCCCCGUUCUCCAUGGCCGACGUUUCUGACCCCAAGAUCGACGAAGCGUACCAGGACGUACGCUCGGACAAGUCAGAAACGAACUGGCUCUUAUUGGACUACGAGACAGAUCGAUCCGACAAGCUGGUAUUGACGACGACGGGUACGGGAGGAUUGGACGAGCUUCGCGAACAGUUGGAUGAUUCCAAGGCUUCUUUUGCUUAUGUUCGAGUUCAGUAUGCUAAUGAUAAGGAGUCGAAGCGGGAGAAGUUCAUCUUGGUGAUUUGGAUUGGGCCUGGGUGUAAGGUGAUGCGGAAGGCAAAGGUGUCGGUGCAUACGGCGGAUGUGAAGCAAGUACUACGAACGUUCUCGUUGGAGGUGCCAGCGCGCGAGAAGGACGAUCUCAAAUACGAUCCGAUCGUUAUCAAACUACGAAAGGCCGGCGGAGCGAGUUACGAUGGCGUUUGAACAUACAUUCCUCUGCUGUCUUUGCUUCCUGUCGUCUGGUAUAGAACGCUGUCCUAACUUGCUGUCUGUUCUUGGUGCCCGAUACAUAUAUCAAUAUAUCCAAUAUAUCCUG